CUUCAUGUUCCGCACGCGGCACUCGUGCGCACGUGAGCAACUGAAAUCACAUACGAGGCACACCACGAGUAUCGUCCGCGUGCGCGUAAACGAUAAUUUUUUUUUCGAGCUUGUGGAUUAAUAAUUGAGUGACAGUUUGAAAGAAUAAGAUGUCGUGGUUACUGGGAUAUCGGAAUACUCAACAGCCACCGGAUUUCGGUCAAUACGUGCAACCACCACCGGCAUCAGGUUCCGGAGGUGCCGGCGGCGGCGAUCAACCACCCUCCAAGAAUAUAACCAAAUCACAAAUGGACGCUUAUAGAUUCGAUUCUAGCGCUCUCGAAAGGGCUGCAGCCGCUGCCAAGGAACUUGAAAAAUCCACUCAUGCUAGCCAAGCACUGGAGCUUUCAAAGCUUCAGGAGACAACGAGGCAAAUAGAGAUGCAGAAAGAGCUGAAGAAAUAUGAAGCGGCAAUGGAAGAGAUGAAAGUUGAACAGAAGAGAGUGGAUGGAGACGAACGUAGAAAAACAAUGCAGGAAGAGACAAAGCAGCAUCAGAUGAGAGCUCAGUACCAAGAUCAGUUGUCAAGAAAAAGAUAUGACGAACAGUUAGUUCAACAGCAAAGAAUGAACGACGAGAAUCUCAGGAGACAGGAAGAAUCUGUGGCGAAGCAAGAAGCUAUGAGAAAAGCAACGAUCGAGCACGAGAUGGAGCUUAGACACAAAAACGAGAUGAGAAAAUUGGAGGCGGAAUUGAGAGCAAAAGCCAAAGUGGAUAGAGAGAAUCAGGAUUUGAAUUUGGAACAGAUACGAUUGAAAGCAUCGGAAAAACGUAUAACAGUACUAGAAUCGAUAAAAACCGCUGGUUCGGUUUUAGGUUCGGGAGCAUCAGCCUUGUUGCAGGAUUGGGACAAAAUAUUAGCUGCAGCUGGUGGUUUAUCCCUUUUGGCUUUUGGAGUUUAUACCGCGAAAGGAUCUACGGGUGUGGCGGCUCGUUACAUCGAGGCACGUCUCGGUAAACCUUCUCUCGUUCGUGAAACAUCACGUUUCUCUGUAAUCGACGCGGCGAAACAUCCGAUUCAAGCGGUACAGAAAAUUCGUGAAAAACAGACCGACGCACUUUCGGGUGUCGUUUUAGCUCCAAAACUCGAAGAGAGAUUACGCGAUAUUGCCAUAGCCACGAAAAAUACGAAACAAAAUCGUGGAAUGUACAGAAAUAUCUUAAUGCACGGUCCACCCGGUACAGGAAAGACGAUGUUUGCUAAAAAACUUGCCCAGCAUUCGGGCAUGGAUUAUGCUAUAUUAACAGGUGGUGAUUUAUCUCCACUGGGGCGAGAUGGUGUUACGGCAUUGCACAAAGUAUUCGAUUGGGCAUCGACCUCCCGUAAAGGACUUUUACUUUUCAUUGACGAGGCCGACGCGUUUUUGCGUAAACGAUCGAGCGAACAUAUCUCCGAAGAUCUUCGAGCAAUGUUGAAUGCUUUUCUGUACAGAACCGGUGAACAAAGCAAUAAAUUUAUGCUCGUACUCGCGUCCAACACACCCGAACAAUUUGACUGGGCCGUUAAUGAUCGUCUCGAUGAAAUGGUUGAAUUUACUCUGCCAGGAGAGGAGGAACGCGAACGUUUAAUUCGUUUAUACUUUGACAAAUUUGUUCUACAGCCGGCCACCGAGGGCAAGAGAAGAUUGAAAGUUGCUCAAUUUGAUUAUGGAGCUCUUUGUAGUAAAAUGGCUAAAUUAACAGAAGGCAUGUCCGGUCGAGAAUUGGCUAAGUUGGGAGUUGCAUGGCAAGCUGCGGCGUACGCUUCGGAAGACGGUGUUCUCACGGAACAAAUGGUUAUCGACAGGUGUAUGGAAGCAGCAAAACAACACAGACAAAAGGUUCAAUGGCAAAGUGAACAGGAAAGGCAAGAAUCCAAAUCGAUUUAUGCUGGAGAGCACGAAACAAUGACUCAAACUCCAAAACCACAACUCGCGAUAGAACCAGCACCCGCACAGUUGGGCACUGCCUGAAAUUCAUGUACUGAUGGAAUUGUCACCUGCAAUUAAUCGGAGCAUUCGAAUGAAAAUUUUACAUCACUCCUAUUGGUGUGAUAAAAAAAAGUACAACUGCUAACGUGCUUGCGUGAAAACCCUGACGUACAAUGUCAAGAAGCACAUGUUAAAAAAAAAACAAAUUAUAUGAAACCACAAAAAUAAGGACUUGAUCGUUCAAAAGUUAGUGGGAAUUAAAAAUGUUGAUUCCAUUAUUCGUAAGUAGGUCGCGUAGUUUGAUUCCUAAUGUAGCAUAGUUAGUCAAGAGCAGAAAAACGUCAUAAAUUGUGCCCGACUUCAAAUAUGAUAAAAUGACAAGCUCAUGAUUUUAUGAUAAUGUAAAACAUAGAAGAAAACGAAAAACUUGAUCCUCCAUGGAAGAGCAACCUCAGGGAAAAAUGUUGAUCGACAUUAUGCAAACUUUAGUUAUUACGCGAAUAUGAAAAGCACCUGCAUUUUAUUGCAUCCGAGGAUCUCCGGUGGAAAAACAAACUCCUAAUACAAUUGGAUCGACACCUAAAUAAUUUCUCGAGUUAAAUUAGCGUUGUACAUAAAGACUAUUACAUUGAAAUAUUUUAUGAUAACGCUCCUCUGUUUGCCCUGUUUUUUUUUUGUAUGUAAUCGUAAAAAAGUUAAUAAAAUAUGUAUUUGGUUGACACGAGAAGGGUGUGAUUAAAAUCAUCGACACUUCA